UCCGCUUCCGGCCCGGCCCGGCCAUGGCGGCGCCGCUGUGGAUGGUGAGGCGCGCCGAGUGCCCGGUGACCCGGGCCCGGCUCUGCCGCCUGCAGCUGCCGCACCAGGCGGUCGACACCCCCGUCUUCAUGCCGGUCGGCACCCAGGGCACGCUGAAGGGGAUCGCGGUGCCGCAGCUGGAGGCGCUCGGUUGUCAGAUCUGUCUGGGCAACACCUACCACCUGGGCAUGCGGCCGGGCCCGGAUCUUAUUGCAAAGGCGAAUGGGCUGCAUGGUUUCAUGAACUGGAGGAGAGCCUUGCUAACGGAUAGCGGUGGAUUCCAAAUGGUGUCUCUGGUGGAGCUGGCAGAAGUCACAGAAGAAGGGGUGCGCUUCUGCUCCCCUUAUGAUGGGAAGGAGAUUCUUCUGUCACCAGAGAAGUCGAUUGAAAUUCAGAAUGCACUAGGUUCAGACAUCAUGAUAGUUGAUGAUGUUGUGAGCAGUACUGUGACUGGUCCCAGAGUGGAAGAAGCCAUGUACAGGUCUAUCCGCUGGUUGGACCGCUGCAUUGCAGCAAACAAGAAUCCCAAGCAGCAGAACCUGUUUGCAAUAAUUCAGGGUGGCCUGGAUGCUGAACUGCGUGAGAAAUGUCUGAAAGAGAUGAUCAAGCGCGAUGUCCCUGGUUUUGCCAUCGGAGGACUGAGUGGUGGAGAGGAGAAGGACCACUUCUGGAGAAUGGUGAUGCUGAGCACAGAUUACCUGCCACGGGAGAAGCCACGCUACUUGAUGGGAGUGGGGUAUGCAACAGACCUCGUGGUUUGUGUGGCUCUCGGCUGUGAUAUGUUUGACUGUGUAUUCCCCACACGAACAGCGCGGUUUGGGUCAGCACUCGUCCCCUGGGGAUCUCUGCAGCUGAAAAACAGACAAUACGCCAAGGAUUUCAAGCCUAUCGAUGAGGACUGCAGCUGUCCUACCUGCAAGAGGUACACACGAGCGUACCUCCACGCCUUGUUCAAGAGUGACACGGCUGCACUCCACCACAUCACAAUCCACAACAUUGCCUACCAGUUGAACCUGAUGAGCUCAAUCCGUGAGAGUAUUCAGCAAAGGCGAUUCCCGGCAUUCAUACAGGAGUUCAUGAAGAGGAUGUAUGGGAGUGCAGAUCAGUACCCACGCUGGGCUGUUGAGGCACUCAGCGCUGUCAACGUUAAGUUGGAGUAGAGGCUGCGGAGUCAAGAAGCCCCACCUUGCUGUGAGAAGGUGAGGGGCUCACCAAAAGGCAUCCAGCACACCUAGUUUGUGACCUGGUGUUGUUGCAAUCACCCAUGUUGUAUCAGUAUCUGUGUAAUAUUUUUUCAGCUAUAAAUGCAAUUUUUUUUUUAAAAAAGUAUUUUAUCUCUAUCUGUGUUACUUUUAGGGUGGCUCAGCUAGUGGAGGUGCUACCUCAUAGCUCCAGAGAGCCAGGUUCGACUCUGACCACUGGUGUUGCAUGAGAGGAGUUUGCAUGUUCUCAGUGUGACCAUGUGGGGUUCCCCCGAGUACUCCACCUUCCUCUGAAAGAUGUGCAGGUUGUUAGGCUAAUUGGCUGCUGUAAAUUGCCUCUAGUGCAGGAAAAUCAGGGGAGUUGAUUGGAAUGUGUGUGUUAAUAGGUCAUAGUGAAGCACAUGGGAAAUGGGAUUGUUCUGUGAGUUAACAUAGACCUCGACGGCCUGAACAGCCUAUGCUGUGAGGAAGUAAGACUCAGUGUUAUCCAGCAUGAAAACAGGCCCUACGGCCAACUCAAACAUGCUGACCGAGUUGCAUACCCGAGCUAGUCCUAUUUGCCUGCAUUUGGCCCAUAUCCCUCUAAACCUUUCCUAUCCGUGUACCUGUCUAAACACCUUUAAACAUUGUAAUUGUACCUGUCUCUUCCACUUCCUCUAGCAGCUUGUUCCAGCUCUUCCCUCUCACCUUAAACCUAUGACUCUAUGUUACACUCCCCUACCCUGGGCAAAAGACUAUGACCAUUCACCUUAUCCAUGCCCGGCAUGAUUUUAUAAACCAGUAUAAGGUCACUCCUCAGCCUCCAAUGCUCCAGGGAAAAAACAGGCCCGAUCUAUCCAAUCUCCCCUCAUAACUGAAGCUGUUCAGUCCCAGCAAAAUCAUUGUGCAUCUUUUCUGCACCUUUUCCAGCUUAAUGAUAUCCUAUAGCCAGGUGACCAGAAUUGCACACAAUACUCUGCAUUUGUCUGAUUUUAAUUCCAGUAUCCCAGGUGAUCUACUCUACAUCCUGUUGUAAUCUUGGAUAACCUUCACUGUCCACUACACCACCAAUUUUGGUGUCAUCCACAAACUUACUAAUCAUGCCACAGACCUUCUCAUCAAAAUAGUUUAUAGAUGACACACCAGAAGAGAGACAGCCCUGAUCCCUGCAGAACACCACCGGUCACAGGCCUCUUAUAUGACCAACCCUCCACUACCACCCUCUGACUCCAAGCACCAAGCCAGUUUUGUAUCCAGUUGGCUAGCUCAGCCUGUGAUCCAACCUUGCCGAUCAGCCUACCUUGUGGGACCUUGUCAAAGGCCUUGCUAAAGUCCAGGUAGACAAUGUCUACUGCCCUGUCCUCAUCAAUCCUCUUGUUCAAAACAAAACUCAAUCAAAUUCAUUAGAGAUGAUUUCCCACACACAAAGCUAUGCUGAUUUUCCCUAAUCAGUCCUUGCCUUUCCAAAUGCAGGUAGAUCCUGUAGGUUGAUUAGGCCUUUCACAAUUUAUUUUAAAUGGUGGUUUCUAAGUUGCUGAGCAGUGGUAUGAUGUCUGGUCCUAUAAUUCAAGCAUCUAUUCAAAGAACCAAGGUUUUGUCAUACCCAGUGUUCUAUUUUUCAGAAUAAAGCCCCGACAAUAAACGCAA